UGAAAACGCAGGAGAGUUAAAGUGGUUAAAACAUAAAACGACUUUGCUCAUCUCUCACUCUUUAUAGUAUCUGGAAAAAUAAGUUUCUCCAUUGCUAGAUCUCUUGGGAUUUAAAUUCCUCUUUUUUAUAUUUAUCUUUAUUUUUAUCUUUUUCAAAAAUAAUUCUCUUGAAAAAAAAUCUGAUUCCGAUUGAUUAAAACCAGUCAUGAUUUCUUCAAGCAAGAUCAAAUCCGUCGAUUUCUACAGGAAAAUCCCUAGAGAUUUAACAGAGGCAUCUUUAUCCGGUGCAGGGUUAUCCAUCAUAGCUGCAUUGGCUAUGAUGUUUUUAUUUGGAAUGGAAAUGAGUAAUUAUUUUACAGUCAGCACCUCUACAUCUGUUAUUGUUGACAAUAGUUCUGAUGGAGACUUUCUACGCAUUGAUUUUAACAUGAGUUUUCCAGCGCUCUCAUGUGAAUUUGCAUCUGUUGACGUGAGUGAUGUCUUGGGAACUAACAGGUUGAAUAUAACAAAAACAAUCCGAAAGUUUUCAAUAGAUCAACAUUUAAGACCUACUGGUGCUGAGUUUCAUUCUGGACCUGUUCCACAUUCUGUUAAGCAUGGAGAUGAAGUUGAUGAAGAAACUGUUGAGGGUGCUGUACCAUUAAAUGGUGUUAGCUUUGACAAACUUUCACAUGUGUAUCCAAUUUUAGUUGUAAAUUUUGCUCCUUGGUGCUACUGGAGUAUUCGCCUGAAACCAUCAUGGGAGAAAACUGCUAACAUAAUAAGGCAGAGAUAUGAUCCAGAAGCGGAUGGGCGUAUUCUUCUGGCCAAGGUUGAUUGCACUGAAGAAGUUGACUUGUGUAGGAGGCAUCACAUCCAAGGAUAUCCAUCCAUUCGUAUUUUCCGUAAAGGCAGUGAUCUGAGGGAGGACCACGGACACCAUGAACAUGAAUCUUAUUAUGGAGAUCGUGAUACAGAAACCCUGGUUAAGGCGAUGGAAGAUUUGGUUGCUUCUAUUCCACGAGAGAACCAAAGGCUGGCUUUAGAGGAUAAAUCCAAUAUAACAAAACGACCAGCACCAUACGGAGGAUGCAGAAUUGAAGGAUAUGUCCGUGUAAAGAAGGUUCCCGGCAAUCUUAUCAUCUCUGCUCGUUCAGGAGCCCAUUCUUUUGAUACUUCUAAAAUGAACAUGUCUCAUGUCAUUAACCAUCUUUCGUUUGGUAAAACGAUUUCGCCUCGGUUACUGAGUGAUGCAAAGAGAUUAAUACCUUAUCUUGGGAGAAGCCAUGACAGGUUGAAUGGUCGGCUGUUCAUUAAUCACCGGGAUUUAGAUGCAAAUGUUACUAUAGAGCAUUACCUUCAAAUAGUCAAAACAGAGGUAGUUACAAGAAAAUCUUCUCGGGAACAUACGUUAAUUGAGGAAUAUGAAUACACCGCCCACAGCAGUCUGGCACAGAGCAUAUACAUACCUGUUGUGAAAUUUCAUUUCGAGUUAUCUCCAAUGCAGGUUUUGGUAACAGAGAACCCAAAAUCGUUCUCACACUUCCUCACCAAUGUCUGUGCUAUAAUAGGAGGUGUUUUCACGGUAGCUGGGAUAUUGGAUUCAAUAUUACACAAUACAAUUAGGUUGAUGAAGAAAGUAGAAUUAGGGAAAAACUUUUGAUAGAGAGGUUAAAGAAAUGAUGUGUAAAGAAAAAACUAAUUAGUGGGGAUUAUUUUAAGGAAACAGAAUGGGAAUGUAGCCCUCUUUUACGUAUAAAAACGAAACCCAAGAGUUCUAUUUCAAGUUGCAGUUGGAAAUAA